AUGCAACUCUUAAGAUAUCUAAUUCUAAAGUCUUCUAAAGACAACUUGCAGAACCUCAUUCACAUCAAAUCUUAUCUCAAUUCUCCACCAUGUUAGCUGAUCUUGAUUUCUCAACUUCACUUCUCUAUGGCCUCAUCACUUUCACCACCUUGUACCUCAUAAAAAACUUCACCUCAAUCUACAAGGGUCUCUUUCCUUCCAAGGCAAGCAAGCUCCCUAGAUCCUUUCCCAUCUUUGGCUCCUACUUCACCAUCCUCAAAAACCUGCACCACUUCAACAACUGGUCCAGUGAGAUUGUCAACUCCCAGCCCUCCAACACUGUCGUGUUCCAUCGCGUAUUAGGCCAACGACAGGUGGUCACCUCCAAUCCAGCCAAUGUGCAGCACAUGCUGAAAACCAAGUUCAGUGUCUAUCAGAAGGGCAGCUUUGGGGCCAAAAUUUUGUAUGACUUUUUAGGCCAUGGGAUUUUUAAUGUCGAUGGGGAGUCGUGGAAGUUUCAGAGGCAGCUCGCCAGCCAUGAAUUUAAUACCAAAUCUUUGCGGAAAUUUGUGGGGACUGUGGUGGAUACUGAGCUGACAGACAGGCUUGUGCCAAUUUUGAACCAGGCAGUUGAAAAUCAAGAGGUUCUUGAAUUUCAGGACAUUUUGCAGAGGUUUGCUUUCGACAACAUAUGUAGUAUAGCUUUCGGGUAUGAUCCGGAGUAUUUGUUGCCUUCUUUGCCUGAAGCAAAAUUUGCAGUGGCUUUUGAGAAGGCUACUUUACUGACAAGCAAGAGGUUCAGAAAGAUUUUGCCAUUAGUCUGGAAAAUUCAGAAGGUUUUCAAUUUUGGUUCGGAGAAAGAAUUGAAAGAAUGUGUUGAAGUAGUCCGCGAUUUUGCUAGAGAAGUCAUGAGGGAGAAAAAGGAAGAAUUAGAGCAAAAAUCAGAGCUACAAACUGUUGAUCUUCUGUCGAGGUUUUUAGCAUCUGGUCAUUCAGAUGAGGUAUUUGUUACAGAUAUGGUCAUAAGUUUUAUUCUAGCAGGCCGCGACACGACUUCAGCUGCCCUGACAUGGUUCUUUUAUCUCAUCGCGAGGCAUCCACAUGUGGAGUCACAAAUACUAGCUGAGAUCAAUGAGAAAAAAUUUGAAAAAAAUUCAGACACCUCAGUUUAUGAUGAGGUGAAAGAUAUGAUCUAUACUCAUGCUGCACUUUGCGAGAGCAUGAGGCUUUACCCUCCUGUCCCAACCGAUGGCAAGCAAGCGACAGAAGAUGAUGUGCUGCCUGAUGGAACAGUAGUGCACAAGGGUGACAGAGUGGUCUACCAUCCUUACGCGAUGGGGCGGUCUGAGAAGCUGUGGGGGAAAGAUUGGGCUGUAUUUAGGCCUGAGAGGUGGCUAGAAAAGGAUGGUGUGACAGGGAAGUGGAGUUUUGUUGGGAGAGAUCAGUAUACUUACCCUGUUUUUCAAGCAGGGCCAAGAGUUUGUCUUGGUAAAGAAAUGGCUUUCUUGCAGAUGAAGAGGGUGGUUGCUGGAGUACUGCCAGAGUUCAGGGUGGUUCCGAUGAUCGAAAAGGGGAAGGAGCCUGUUUUUGUGUCAUACUUGACUGCAAAAAUGCAGGGUGGUUUUCCGGUGAAGAUUCAACAGAGGACUUAAGUAGUUUUAAGUACUAUCAUCUUUGUAAAAUUUAUGUUAUGUAUGUAAUUUUUUGAUUUUCUAGCUACUUUGUUGCAAUAAUUUUGUGUAAAUGGUAUCAUAAAUAAACUGUUCAAUUUCAACUGGAA